UAUGUCACACCGGAGGACGUCCCAGCAAGCAGGUAACUUGGUCUAUUCACUCAACUUGUUUCUUGUUUUGUGUGUUCAAAGAUUUCGUUCGUUAGUAUUUAAUCAAGAGUACCUUCGAGACUAAUACCUUAUAAUACCCUUAGAUACCCUACAAGCCGACAGUGUACAUUAAUAUAGACAUUUCAUUUAGAUAAGUCCAUUUAGGCUUACAUAGAUUUUUAUAUAUACAUAAACACAAGAAAGGUCGAUAACUCAAUUCAACCAACACAGCCGACGACAUUCAUUUACAUAUAAAAAAAUGUAGGUUUAAUUUAAUUUACGAAAAUGAUAACAUAAAUUUAGGUUUUAUCUAUGAAACGGCUAACAUAAAUUUAGGAGCGUCAUCUCUAAGUAAGUUUAUUCGGAGCAUAUACAUUUUUCCGAUACCCAAACCGAAUAUAAUUAAGAUGGAUCUAAAAGAACAACAUAUACCAUAGCAUCAUUGUUGUCGACAUAGUAUUCAAGGUGACACAUUGUUGGAUCUCUCUAAAACUGACACUGUGUAUUGAACGAACAGAAAGAGGGGCGCCAUUUACUACAGUUUAACACGGCUGGGCUCCUAUAGAUGGAUGGCAUCCGUGUUGUGACUGACGUGUUCGCAAUACGUCAUAUUGUCAGUGGAGUACACACUGCACAUAUCUGUACACACCGAUUAUUGUACACGUCGCUGGGCAUCAGUGAAGCGGUUUCUUCAUGUAAGAGCAGAGUGCAGUGGUGCAUCAUACUGACUGCGUCACUUCAAUACGUCUUUGUUGAUAUUUCUAAAGUACAUCGGGAUAUACAGUACAUAGGGGUAGACAGUGCAUAGGGACAUACAGUACAUAUGGGUAUACAGUACAUAGAGGUAAAAGCAUACAGUAUAUAGAGGUAUACAGUACAUAGAGCUUAAACGAUUUGACUACCGGAAAUAUAAUUACGAAGAUUUGAACUAUUGGCACAUAUAUUUAGCAAGAUUUGAACAACCGGCACAUAUAUUUAGCAAGAUUUGAACAACCGGCAAAUAAAUUUAGCAAUAUUUGAACAGCCGGCACAUAUAUUUAGCAAGAUUUGAACAACCGGCACAUAUAUUUAGAAAGAUUUGAACAACCAACACAUAUAUUUAGCAAGAUUUAAACAACCGGCACAUAAAUUUAGCAAUAUUUGAACAGCCGGUACAUAUAUUUAGCAAGAUUUGAACAAUAUCAUUCGGCAAAGCAAGAAUCAGCCAAACAUUGGGAGAUUAAAAUGUUCUCCAAAUACGUUAAGGAACAAAUUUUAGUUCCCUUACAGAGAGUCCAUGAAAACAGGCGCAGUACAGCGAGUCCAUGAAAACAGACGUCUUGAACAUGGUUGAAGUGGUGUUAUGUAGCGAUUCAUUGGAAUAACCAUUACUUUCAUUCCAUCACAUCUCUAUCUCUCCUUCUAGAAUGAACACCUACUGACACCAUGUACAGCAUGAAGGAGAAAAAACCAAUGGUGUCCAGCCAAAGAAGUCGACUCAGCGAUGACCUGGUGGUAGCCUCGCAAUACGGCAACCUCCACAAAGUCACGCAGCUCUUGCAGGUAGGGGCAAGCGUUGACUACUGGCCCCGUGAAGUCCCGUCGGAGGCCAGCCUGGAGGAGUUCAUCUUCCAGAGCCUGGCUCUCCACGCCGCCUGCAGCCGCGGCCACUUUGAGGUGGUGCUGACCCUGUUCAACAACAGCCGUCGAAAAGACCACAUCGACUACUGGCAGAUUUUGUUGGAGACCUUGCACAACGCCUGGAGCCUACACGGGCAACCGAAGGCCAACGGGUCCGGAGUCGUCUUCUCCCUGAACUUGGAACGUUGCGUGCACGAUGCGCUGUUCACGAGAGACGCUGACGUGAAGUUUUUAAAAUAUUUGAUAGAAUCCGGAGCAGACGUGAAUGGCAAGUGUCGCUGUGGCCUGACGCCGUUGGUCAGCUCCGUGUCGACGUCACACUGCAACAUGGCUGUUGUACACACACUCCUGGAGGCAGGUGCUGAUCCAAACGUCCACAGCAGAGACGGCAUGUCUGCAUUAGCGAUGGCCGCGAAGCAUGGGAACAUUCAGGCCAUGGAAGUCUUGUUGACAUGCGGUAAGCAAUAGGUCAGAUAUGGGUGUAAUGAUGUGAGAUCUGUAUGAGGGAGCCACAGUUCUUUGAGGCUUGCGACACCUGAAUGAGAUGAGUGAGUCAAUGAUAGUUGAGUUGUCUUUCAUUCUUCGAAAUCGAAAAUGACCAAGGCUAAAUUUGAUGGUGACUAGGCGGACAGCGUGCAACUGAUUGUCUGAAAGCUCUCUCAUGUAUGUAGAAAAAACGAGUUUUUGGGCCCUGGUGAUAUUGGAGGGCGUUUGGCUCUUCCUUGCUGGGCGAUUUCUGUGGGGUGUAGCAGUAAGUUUACUCUCUGAACAGCGUGCUCCAAAAGUGAGUCUGUCCCGCCAGCUUGUGUGGUCCAAAAGUGAGUCUGUCCCGCCAGGUUGUCUUCAACAGUGAGUCUGUCACGCCAGCUUGUGUGCUCCAACAGUGAGUCUGUCCCGCCAGCUUGUCUCCAACAGUGAGUCUGUCACGCCAGCUUGUGUGCUCCAACAGUGAGUCUGUCCCGCCAGCUUGUGUGCUCCAACAGUGAGUCUGUCCCGUCAGCUUGUGUGCUCCAACAGUGAGUCUGUCACGCCAGCUUGUGUGCUCCAACAGUGAAUGUGUCCCAUGAACUCAGGUCGAUGUUCAUGAAGUUUGAGGUACAGAUUUCAGCUAUCUUUGAAAUGUUGUUGUUGUUCCCUACAGCUGUGCGUUUUCCCUUUGACAAUUGUUUCUUUCUGUCAUUCUUGCAACAUGUAUGCCAGAUGUAUGUAAUGUAUGGUGUCUGCCAGAUGUAUGCGAUGUAUGGUGUAUGCCAGCUGUAUGUGAUGUAUGGUGUAUGCCAGAUGUAUGUGAUGUAUGGUGUAUGCCAGAUGUAUGUGAUGUAUGGAGUAUGACAACUGAACGUGAUGCAUGUAGUAUGACAGCUGUACGUGAUAUAUGGUGUAUGACAUCUAAAUGUGAUGUAUGCUAUAUGACUCCAGUGUGCGGUUAAACCUGUAUGACCAUAUGAUAUGUUGAAUGAGUUCUUGAACAGAUAGACAGGCCCAGAUCAGCAAUUAUUAACCACCAACCCCACCCCACCCCUCCCUUUCAACUCUUUCCCCUGCACAGGUUCCAACCCCAGCAUGUCUACAGCCAGCCAACGCAUCAACCAACCGUGCCAUCCCCUGGUCUUCUCAGUUAUCCGGGGAGAUGUUGCUCAGGUACGACUCCUCCUCCGCUACAGACUCCACCCCGUGACCAUGGUCCAGUACGUCGUUCACGCCCACCACAACUUCCCCUUCGACCUCGAGGACGUGGACUUCUUCGACCGGUCCACCUCACUUCUGCACCUCGCACUCUACUGUAACAGUGUCGAGGUCGCCCGGCUGUUCCUCCAGUUAAACUUUCUCACCAGCUACGACGUCCACCGCCUGCCCAAGGACGCGUACUUCCACGCCAAACUGCAACAGGACCGUUGCUCGGAGAAAGCCCUUGCAGCUUUUGAACGUCUCCGCUCCAACCCCUGGUCUCUGUUCACGCUCAGCUUCUUGGUUGUCUCGGAGUCUGUCGGCUACGACAAGCUCCGAGAUGUUAAACUGCGCCAGCUUGGACUGCCGAACCCGCUUAUAAACAAGUUGAUGUUUUUAGACUCUUGACGAUAGUUAAAGAUAUUGUAAAUAUAAUUAACAAAAUAAGAAAUGAAACAAAUUUAUUAACAAGAAAAAUGUUUUAAUUUAAACUGAGUGAUAAUCAUCCACUUUCUUUUUUUAAUAGUCCAUUGUAUUAUAGUUUUUAAAGUGGGUGCUGGGUGGCCGACCGGUCUACACUGACUCAAUCACAACAGCUGGUGGUCUGGAGCUCAAUCUACCCCAAAGCCACCAUCAAAAGCUCCCCGGGUGGAUGGGACCCGUCAUCUUUGGAUGGGUGGAUGGGACCCGUCAGCUUUGGGCGGGUGGAUGGGACCCGUCAGCUUUGGACGGGUGGAUGGGACCCGUCAACUUUGGACGGGUGGAUGGGACCCGUCAGCUUUGGACGGGUGGAUGGGACCCGUCAGCUUUGGAUGGGUGGAUGGGACCCGUCAGCUUUGGACAGGUGGAUGGGACCCGUCAGCUUUGGACGGGUGGAUGGGGGAAGUCAGCUUUGGACGGGUGGAUGAGACUCGCCAGCUUUGGACGGCAACUCACCUAUGAGAAGUCAAACUCUGAGUUCAAAACAGAAGCCAAAAAGAUCAAUAAAUUGUUUUCAUUAUGAGAAGUUUUUUUAGUCAUGUACUUAGAAGUUACAAGCACACAGAUCCAAUAACACAAUGACAACAUUGGCUAUAACUGUUAUCUCAUUAGGUCAGUAGUAGGACACCUUUGGAUGAGGUCAUUAGUAGGACACCCUUGGAUAAGGUCAUUAGUAGGACACCCAUGGAUUAGGACAGUAGUAGGACACCAUUGGAUUAGGUCAGUAGUAGGACACCCUCGGAUUAGAUCAGUAGUAGGACACCCUUGGAUUAGGUCAGUAGUAGGAGACCCUCAGAUUAGGACAGUAGUAGGACAUCCUCGGAUUAGGUCAGUAGUAGGAGACCCUUGGGUUAGGUCAGUAGUAGGACGCCAUUGGAAUAGGUCAGAAGUAGGACACCAUUGGAUAAGGUCAGUAAUAGGACACCAUUGGAUUAGGUCAGUAGUAGGACACCCUCGGAUUAGAUCAGUAGUAGGAUACCCUUGGAUUAGGUCAGCAGUAGGAGACCAUUGGAUAAGGUCAGCAGUAGGACACCAUUGGAUUUUGUCAGCAGUAGGACACCAUUGGAUUACGUCAGUAGUAGGACAUCCUCGGAUUAGGACAGUAGUAGGAAACCCUCGGAUUAGGUCAGUAGUAGGACACCCUUGGGUUAGGUCAGUAGUAGGACACCAUUGUAUUAGGUCAGUAGUAGGACACCAUUGGAUUAGGUCAGCAGUAGGACACCAUUGGAUUAGGUCAGCAGUAGGACACCAUUUGAUUAGGUCAGUGGUAGGACACCGCUGGAUAAGGUCAGCUGUAGGACACCAUUGGAUUAGGUCAGCAGUAGGACACCCUUGGAUUUGGUCAGCAGUCGGACACCAUUGGAUUAGGUCAGCAGUAGGACACCAUUGGAUUAGGUCAGUAAAAAGGGACCAUUGGUUUAUGUCAAAAGUAACAAGUGCUCUAAGACAUAUUUGCAUGAAAGUAAAAUAGCCCAUGUGAUAUUUCUGUGAUGUUGAACAAAAUAUUUUUACCAAUAUACAAGUUUGUUAAUAUAUAAUUUUGCUAAUAUAUAAGUUUGCUAAAACCGGGUAUCUGAUUUUGUAAAUGUUUUUAAAUGUACACAUAUGUAAGUUUAUUUAUUUGGUUGAUAGAUAGUGUACGUACCAUUGAUAACUGAAAAUAAAUGCUCAAAGUUUUGUUAAAAAUUAUUUUGAGCCACUGCACUUUACACAAUUAUGAGAUUUUUUAAUGUUUUUUUAGUGGUUUGCAUAAUUGAUUAUAUAUGGAUUCAAAUUAAGUUUUUUCAGGAUUCUUUAAAAAAAAAAUAAUUCCACAUAACAUAAUUUAGGUAACAAAAUAUAAGCAGAAAACACUUCUUCCAUUGACGAGUUCUUGUAUCUACAAAAACCAAAUCACUUUGUGAAAAGGGUAUCAUGUAUAGAUCAUAAUCUAUCAAUAGAGCGUACCGCUUAAUGAAUGGCUGAUACUAUACUUACUUUAAUGAUUGGCUGAUACUAUACCAACUUAAUGAUUGGCUGAUACAAUAUCAAAUAAUGAUUGGAUGAUAUUAUACAAACUUUAUGAUUGGCUGAUACUAUACCAACUUAAUAAUUGGCUGAUACUAUACCAACUUAAUGAUUGGCUGAUACUAUACCAACUUAAU